AUGAGUGAGAGAAAUUUACAGCCAUCGGAAGCUUUGAUUAACACAAUGUUAGUCAAUGAUGAUAAUCAAGUUAAUUUUCGACAAGAUUCCGUUGAUACGCCUCUAUCCUAUUAUGAUGAUGAUGCGGUACCAGAAAUGUUUCAAUCACCGAAUUCGAAUCGGAUGACGAACAGUAAAAUAAAGAAUCAGCAAACACGAAGUUCAUUAACAAAAUCUCCUUCAUUAACAUCGGUUGUAACGAAUAUUUCCUUGCCGAGCAAUCCACUCGAAGCGAUCUAUUUCGUGGAAUUGUGUGUUGAUCGAGGAAAAGAUUUAUCGAUCAAGGACUUGAAUGGGACAAGCGAUCCAUAUGUGAAAGUCUAUUAUGGAACCGAAGAGAAAUACGUGACUAAUACUGUAUAUAAAAAUUUGAAUCCAAUCUGGAAUGAAAAAGUCACAUUCUUCAUCAACGAUCUCGGUGUUCCAAUAUAUUUUUAUAUGUAUGAUUAUGAUCGGAUUGGACGCGAUGAAUCCAUGGGAUCGGCGAGAAUCGAUCUGAAUAAGUUAAAUGUCGGAGAAAGUUCCAGUAUGACAUUGGAAUUGAAGAAUGAAAAGAGAACGGAUGGUAAGACGGGGCUAUUAAUUAUUAAUAUAAGUGUGACACAAAAGACAUCAGAAUUUCGCGACGAAGUACUACGAAAAUUGUCGAAGCAAUCCAACCGAAAGUCAUCUUUAAUUGCCCGCACAGGAGGAAUAAACUCCUCUCUAUUGACUCGUCGAACGAUCGAUGUAUUUAUCAUCGAAGGAAGGAAUUUAACUAUUGCUGGUAGUGCAAGUAAGAUAUUGAAUCCAUACGUUCGAUUGAAAUUUGGUGCGAAUAAGAAAUAUCGAACUCAGACGGUGAAGUCAACUGUCAAUCCCAAAUGGCACCAAUCAUUUAUUUAUGAAAUCGUUAUAAACGAACUUCCAUCCCUCGAGCUGACUGUCAUUGAUGAUACCGGUGGCUCGGGGGAUUUCAUUGGAAGGGGAAUUUGUAAUUUAUCGGAUUUGGAUGAAGAACGAACGCAUCGUUUGUUACUCGAUCUCGAUGACAAUGCUGGCGUGAUUGAAUUAUUUGUUACAAUUUCCGGUAUAGCACCAGCACAAGAACUGAGUAAUGAAGCUGAAACACUAUCCACUACCUCAAUGGAUAUCCUGCCAUCGAGAAUAACUGACGAAGAAAUUGAACACUAUAGCCUUUUAUCAUCAUUACGAUCGAUGAAAUCAAUUCGUGAUGUUGGACUUGUUGAAGUUAAAAUUUACCAAGCACGAGAUUUAAGUGCGAAGGAUAUCAAUGGCAAAUCAGAUCCAUUCUGUGUAAUUGAAGUGGAUUCAACUCGUUUGCGUACUCAUACAAUCUACAAGACACUUGAUCCUGUUUGGAACAAAUCAUUCGUCAUUCCUGUACAGGAUAUUCAUUCAAUACUCGAAUUGACAGUUUAUGAUGAAGACAUGAACAAAACAACGGAAUUUAUUGGUAAAGUAUCAAUUCCACUGCUAGCGAUUCGAAAUGGCGAAAAGAAAUGGAUGACAUUGAAAGAUAGAAAAUGUAUUUUACCUGUCAAAGGUAUUUUGGAAAUCGAAGCGACACUAGUCUAUUCGAAUUUACGAGCAAUUGUUCGAACAUUUAAUCCCAGACAGUUUCGGUACUAUCAACAAGAUGGAAAAUUUCGACUUGCUGUUUUCAAACAACAUAUUAAUCGUGUCAGAAAUUCACUAAGAACCGUUGUCAAUGCAGUGAAAUUUAUCAAUGACUGUUUUCAAUGGGAAAAUCCCAUGUUGAGUUUCUGCACUUUUAUCGCGUCAUUGGUGAUUGUUUGGAAUUUUGAAUUGUAUAUGUUACCUUGUGCAUUGUUGUUGAUAUUUGCAUGGAAUGCAAUUGUAGAGUAUCGUCGAGGAACGUUGGGGAAACCUUUUGCUACAUUAGGAGACGAAACAGUAUCAUCAGUAAUACAACCGAUGGCUAUCGAUGAAGACGCACUUGAUACGGAUCUCAACACUAAAGAACAAAAGAAAUCAUUGCUGAGCGUUAUUCACGGCAUUCAAGAUACUGUUUUAGAAGUUCAGGGCUAUAUCGAUGAUGUUGCUUCGACAUUAGAGCGCAUUAAGAACGUUUUCAAUUUCACUGUUCCUUGGCUAUCUUUUCUCGCAAUUAUCGUUCUUGCUCUUGUUUCCAUUAUAUUGUACUAUAUACCAUUUCGAUACUUGGUUCUUGCAUUCAUAACAAACAAAUUUACGAAAAGAUUUCGCAAGCCUAAAGGUUAUAUCGACAACAAUGAAUUAGCGGAUUUUCUCUCGCGAUUACCAUCGGAUCCUGAACUGUUACAAUAUCGAGAACUGAAAGUUCUUUCUCGUACACCAACGCCAAAGAAGAAUAAACGACCGCCGACAAGUAACAGAUAA